AAAGCCACAAAACAUAUAAAAAAAAGAGCGAGCCACGAAAACCGACUUGAUGUUAUUUUUCAAUAUUAGCAGCAAAAAAAGAGAUUAGGAUUUGGUGUUGCGCAGCCGCAGGCAGAUAUGGCCAUGGCUUUGGUGAGCCUCAGCACCAUUCUCACACCGCCUUCUUCUUCUUCUUCUUCGUUUUCUUCUCCAAAACCUUCUUCUUCCUCCAUCGUUCGGUUUCGCCCUCUCACUCCCCUUCCUCGCUUUCGGAGGCACCUCGUUCGUAUGGCUCCCGAUGAGGAGAAGAUGACUCGUCGCUCCCCUCUCGAUUUCCCCAUCGAGUGGGAAAGGCCUAAACCUGGACGAAGGCCGGAUAUAUUCCCUCAAUUUAGUCCUAUGAAGACACCUUUGCCGCCUCCGUUGCCCGCAGAUCCUCCAGAAGAGGAUGAAGAGGAGGAAGAAAAGAAAGAGGAAGAGGAAGAACCUGAAAAGGAGGAGCCAGAUAAGCCAGACAAGCCAGAAAAGCAAUAGUGUGUAGUAAAUGACUGGUCUUGAUUCCCUCCAGUUAUCCUUGAUAUGCCGAGCCAGACUGCUGAUUGCUAAAGUGAAUGUAAGGGUAUCACAUGAAUACCUAUAGCAUAAAAUUUUUUAGCUUUCUUCAAGUUUUUUCUAGCCGCUAAUGUGCCCUUAUAUGAGUUAGCUCAUGCAAGAAGGAAACAAAAAGAAAAACAAUUUUGUGCUACGAACAUAUUUGUAGGCAGUAAUUUUUCCCUACUUUAUCGAUUAAUUUGCACCUUCAUCAUCCUUUUGA